UUCUCCAUAUUUGUCGAUGCAUAAAAAAAUUUCGAUGAGAAAAAAUAAAAAGAAAGAAACGUGUAAAUAAGUAGCAUAAGCGAUUGCCAAGUUUUUUAAAAUUACAACACGUUUUGUGCUGUCAAAAAUAAUUAUACAUGAAUAGUUGUGAAUUUUAAUUUAUAAGUAUACGUAAUGUCUAUUAUCAACAUAAAUAACCUAAAUUGAUUAUUAAGUGAGUGAUGAAACAAUUAUUUCAACUGCUUUAAUACGAUUGAAUGAGUUCACACUAGUGUAUAUAAUAAUUUGGGUAAUUUAUCAAUGUUAUGAAUUAAAUCAUCAUCAAAAAUUAGUUCAAUAAAGAUAUUUUUAUAUAAAAUGAGUCGCUGACAUUAUUGAUUUUGUAAUAUUAGAUACAAAAAAUUACUUCGAGAUGAAGCUCAUAGGAAAAAAUAUUGACAGAGACGGUGGAGGGUCUGUUACACUCAUACCUGAAAAUGCAGAAGAUAUGUGGCAUUCCUAUAAUCUGAUAGCAGAAGGCGAUUGCGUUUCAGGAUCCACAAUCAGAAAGGUUCAGACUGAAAGUUCAACAGGUAGUACGAGUAGUGCGAGAGUAAGAACCACUCUAACGAUUUCUGUCGAAAAUAUUGACUUUGAUACACAAGCAUGUGUUCUAAGGUUAAAAGGUAGAAAUAUUGUUGAAAACCAGUAUGUCAAGAUGGGAGCUUACCAUACUUUGGACAUUGAACAGAAUAGAAAAUUUACUUUGAAAAAAAGUAAAUGGGAUUCAAUAUCUUUAGAAAGAAUAGAUACAGCUUGUGAUCCUACUCAACAUGCUGAUGUAGCAGCAAUAGUAAUGCAAGAAGGUAUCGCUUAUAUCUGUUUGAUUACUGCGAAUAUGACUAUUGUUCGUGCCAAAAUAGAUCAAGUAAUUCCUAGAAAAAGGAAAGGUAUGGUGUCGCAACAUGAGAAAGGAUUAAAUAAAUUUUACGAGAACGUAUUUCAAGCAUUAAUGCGACAUAUCAAUUUUGAUAUUGUAAAAUGUGUCAUUAUUGCCAGUCCCGGUUUUGUAAAGGAUCAAUUUUUUGAGUAUAUGAUACAACAAGCAGUCAAAACAGACAAUAAAUUAUUGAUAGAGAAUAAAAGCAAAUUUAUGUUGGUACACUCAAGCUCAGGCUUCAAGCAUUCGUUGAAAGAAGUGUUAGCUGAUCCAGCUGUUGUUGCAAGAAUAUCUGAUACCAAAGCCGCAGGUGAAGUAAAAAUUCUUGAGCAAUUCUAUUCUAUGCUACAGAAUGAUCCAGCACGAGCAUUUUAUGGCAAAAAGCAUGUUUCAAAAGCUGCUGCUGCACAAGCUGUUGAAACUUUAUUGAUAUCAGAUAAACUGUUCAGAUGUCAAGAUGUCUUACAACGAAAAGAAUACGUCGAGUUAGUUGAAAGUGUUAAAGAUGCUAAUGGAGAUGUGAAAAUAUUUUCAAGCAUGCACGUUUCUGGUGAACAACUCGAUCAGCUCACAGGUGUGGCUGCAAUAUUACGUUUUCCAAUGCCAGAGCUAGAAGAUGAGGACAGUGACAGUAGUAAAUCCGAAACAGAUGAUUGAUGUUAGUUAAUAUUUUUAUUACAGUAUCUGAUAAUCAAAAAUUGUCCUUAAAUGUAUAUGUAUAUUUAUAUUUAUACAAAUCGAAUAUUAUAUCUUGUUAAUAUACAAAUUUUAUUAUUAA